AUGGCGCCCGCAGCAGAGAGCGAAUUCACCUUCGUGCUGCCCCUCGCUUCAACGCCAACGAAGCGACGAGAACACAGCGCUCACGGAGCUAUCAGCACCGAGGCACUUUCGCAGAUCGUUCUCAAGAUACGGGCCCGCGCGUCUCUCUUCAACGCUAAGCUUUGCGACAGUCCUGGAUCAGUGGCUCUUCGCUCCAGACUCCAAAUAGUGCUUGAGGCUGUACGCAGCCACGACGACGCCUGGCUGUUCGCCAUGCCAUUGGACGAGACGAUGUGUCCGGGAUACUUCAGCACCGUCAAGGAGCCUAUGGAUCUGACCAUGAUCGCCGAGCGCGUCGAGAAUGGUGCCUACGCGUGCAAGGAGGCCUUCAUCGGCGACUUCAAGAGAAUGGUCGAGAACUGCGCUUUCUACAACGGCCUCGAGAGCGAGAUCGCCACCAAGGGAUACCGGUUGUGGGUGGCCAUGCUGGAUGCCCUGCACACCGUCUGUUUCGACGACGACGAAGAGGCUGAGGUCGACAGCACUCGGGACAGAGACGCGAGUUCCGGUGCAGGCAUCGCGCGCUCGCCUGCCUCGAGACUGUACGUUCCGGAGCACGUGAGGAAGCCGAGAUCGAACGCCAGCGACCAGCGGGAAGACGAGCGCACCAUGCCGAGGACUCGGCGCGCGAGCAGGAAGACGGCCGCGCGAAGGAGCAGCAGCCCUCCCAGAGUCCAGGACGAGGCGGCCGAAGGCGAUGGCGACGAUGACGAGGACUUCGCGGCGCCCAGUGUCAAGAGGCGCAGAGUAGGAAGGCCACCCAAGGCGUCCAGGACGCGAGGCGGAAGGCGGGCCGCGUCGAACGCGACCUCCCGAACCCGUCCAGUCGUCAAGAGUCCUGCGCUCGAGGCCCUCUCGAAGGCCACGCGCAAGGCUUUGGAGGACUCGGCCGACUUGACUUACGACAUCUGCCGUCUGAGCGGCGACUUCGAGGCGAACAGCGACGUGGCCGGCUACUUUCCCGAACUCAACAUCGCCGGCACACACAGCCACCCCUCCGACCUGCUAGCAAGGUUCGCGGGCACACCGAAGGACAGUGGCGGGUACACCAUCGCCGAAUCUCCGGAAGCGUCAUCGCAGAGUGAAUCUAAUGACCGCAACCCACACGUCAGCGACAGCAGUAAUAACACGGGCGAACCGAUGAAUCCCACCGGUGACGAUGAAGCAGGCGGGGAGCAAAUGGAUAAUCGUGGUGAAUCGCCCGACGAAAUUCACAAUCCGGACUCAAACGCUGCUGCGGUGGAUGCUGAACACGUGACAGAGGACACGGACAGAACGCGCUCUGGUGAAAGUGCAACGGAAGAUUUCACUCCAGUCCUGGAAGAGACGACAACCACUGCAAGCCCUGAAUUCCGAGUAAGCAGCGUCAGCAACGCAGCUGAAUGUGACGAGCGAGUGAGUGACGACUCUGUAGAAGGUGCGAAAGGUGGAGCGACGCAAGAGAUGGCGCCGCCAAACAAAGCCCGCCCUGGCACAAUGGCGACGGGCAGCCCAUUCAUGGGCAACAGGCAAGGGCCUUACUUUCAGACGUCCGUUGCGACGCCUCCGAGGUGCCGCUCUGUUCCUCCUCUCCACUUCGUUGCUGUUAACAUGCGUCACGCGAUGAGAGUCCCUCGCUCGCCCGGUUCCUGUGGCCGCGACAACGGCGAUUCGAUUGCCACAGCUAGCGCGCAGCCUGGCGAACAGGGUCGUUCGGCUGCUUCCUUAGAGAUCCGCGAGAAAAGACCCAGUCUCGUUGAAAGUAGGGAAGACAGCACCAAUCAGGCAACGGCAAAACCAGACGGAGAGACAGAAAGCCGAGAGAUGAAUGGCUGCAGAUCGGACGGCGAGACCGAAACGACUAAAGAGAGUUGCUUCAGCACUCUCUGUCAAGUCAGUGACGGAUGCAGCGAUUCAACUGCUAGCACCGGCCACGCCGCCACUAAUACGGACGCCGACGCGGGAGACAAGACCACCGGGAUGUCGUCGGAAGGCAGCGAAGAAACCAUCCUAGAGGCUGGGGACAGUGAGAAAACGAACGAAGGACAGACGGGUGCAUCACUUCCCGCUGGCAACGUUUCCCCGGAGCGCAUCCAGGCGCGGGAACGAUGGAUUACCAGGCUCCAGGGCGACCUCCAGGGAGCUGAGCAAGAGUUCUACUGUGGACUGGAUAGCCCAAAGUCAAGCUUCAGCUUUUCGUCGGGAUACCUGAGCGAAGAGGCCCUGUCGCCGUCCAUGCGGUAUCACAGUAGCUCGAGUCCGCUCCCGCAACUGUCUCCGUCACGCCUGUCUCCGCUGCUGCCGACGUCGUGCCAACCGCCGCAAAAGGUGACGCCUCCCCCGGUGGAGACGGAAGAAAUGCUACCGUUGAACGACCGAGGAGCAGCGGCUGAUUCGCAACCAGCUAAGGAAGUUCCACCGGUAGAUGCAGCUUCGUCGCGCGAAUGUUCGGUCGUUACAGAACAACAGCCUCAGCACCGGGAGCCAACGGCACAGCCACGGUCCCCGCCGUUUGGAGCGCCGACGCCGCUGCAGAAGAUAUCCGCCCUUGUUGCCGACAUUCCAUCUCCAACCAAGAGGUGCGGCGCCUUCUUUCCGUCUCCGUUUGCGCCGCCAACUACGUCUGCCAGCGAUACGUGUGGUGGCGGAGAUCAUCUUCGAGACGGCAGAGACGGCAGAGACGGCGCUGCGUUUAGGGUGACAGAACUGCAUGCUAAGCAAGACUUUAAGCAAGAGUAAUCGUCAGAAGCCGGUGAUCCCAGCAUUGGUAAACGAGGCAUCUACGACUCUGCCACCCAUUUGCCCGAAUGUGCUGAUGCUCUCUCAUGACCUUCACUAUUCAUUAAACUCUCUCUCUCUCUCUUUCUGUGUUCA